GUGGCCGGGCCCAAGACGGAGGGACCCGGCAGAGCGGAAGUCACUCGGCGAAGCAGUGGCGACAGCGGCGGCGAGAGGAUGAACAACAAGUUCGACGCCCUGAAAGACGAUGACAGCGGGGACCACGAUCAAAAUGAAGAAAACAGCACACAGAAAGAUGGUGAGAAGGAAAAAGCCGAGCGCGAGAAGAGCCAGGGCAGCGGCAAGAGGAAGGCUGUUGUCCCUGGACCGGCAGAGCACCCCCUGCAAUACAACUACACGUUCUGGUACUCCAGGAGGACUCCGGGCCGUCCCACCAGCUCACAGAGCUACGAACAGAACAUCAAACAGAUCGGCACCUUUGCCUCUGUGGAGCAGUUCUGGAGGUUCUACAGCCACAUGGUGCGACCCGGGGACCUGACGGGCCACAGCGACUUCCAUCUCUUCAAAGAAGGAAUUAAACCCAUGUGGGAGGAUGACGCAAAUAAAAAUGGUGGCAAGUGGAUUAUUCGGCUGCGGAAGGGCCUGGCCUCCCGUUGCUGGGAGAAUCUCAUCCUGGCCAUGCUGGGGGAACAGUUCAUGGUGGGGGAGGAGAUCUGUGGGGCCGUGGUCUCUGUCCGCUUCCAGGAGGACAUCAUUUCAAUAUGGAAUAAGACUGCCAGCGACCAAGCCACUACCGCCCGCAUCCGGGACACGCUUCGGCGAGUGCUUAACCUACCUCCCAACACCAUUAUGGAAUACAAAACUCACACCGACAGCAUCAAGGCCUGGGAGGAGUUUCAUGGCCUGGUGAACAGCAGCGGCCGCUGAUCGGACGCUUCCCCUCUGUCUCUCACACUCAGGGGACAAUUCAAGCUUUCGAAAUACAAAAAUCACAUUGUGAAAGUACCCAAGCUGGCAAUAAUCCCUUUCUGUAUGUGUGUGUGUGUCCGAAGCGGAUGGCAGGCCUCCAGCCAGCCCUCCAUCUGCUCACGGAAGGGACGCCCCGAGCCAUGCGCUCCCCUUUUGCACUCGUUCCUGGAGGACGGACCCGCUAGACAGCCUCCAGCAUCGCUGACUGUAUAAAGCGGGAGCGGAAGCCGCGACUUUGCGCUAGACGGACGCUGUUUUAAAGGGGUUCUGGGGGGGCUCAGCCUUUCGUGUUGCUGUGUGCUGUCCAGGUGCCCCGGGCAUCCCGCCAUGCACGUGCGUCCCCCGCUGUCCCGAGGACGUGGUGACCGCGUGUGCAGGCCGGAGCCCCAGCGAGAGUUAGCAGUGUUAUGACUGCGCGCCCAGGAGAGGCCCAGAGUCGCUAGGAAUGCCUCUUCCGGCUUGGCCAUUAAAUUAUUGGGACAUUUCGGUUUCUUCUUCUCCCCUCGUCCCCUAAACCCACGACUCUCCAAAAACGUGUUGUGAAUGUGUUGACUGUCCCGGGUGUUGCAUUGUCUCCUGCCUCCUGCCCGCCUGUCUUCCCUCCGUGUGACUCUCCUCUUAUUGGGCUCUGCCAGGGGGCGUGCUGGGCUCACUGGAGCGGCUUCCAGGCUGGGCCUGGGUCAGUCAGACUGGCGCAGAGGCCAGUGUGGUUAGGAGCCAGCUUACCACGUGGGCUCCGAGUGUAGGGUUUGGAGCUGAGGGCAGUGCCAGCGGUCUCCCGUGUGUGCGCCAAGCCUGCUGCACUGGGUUCUUGCGUGCCCCUCACUGAGGGAGGGGAGCGAACGCUGGUGCUUGCCAGCUGUUAACACCUGGCUGUGUACAUUCAGUGACCUGGAAUGGAACACCUGAAGGGAAGGUGACCCUGGGGGACAGGCUCCUUGCAUGACAGCGUGUCCGCAGUGGUCCUCGUCGCCCAGCUGUGCGGCAGCACACGUGGGCCGAGCCAGGAUGCCCAAGCAGAAACCCUUGAAGGCUGCUGCAGGCUUCAGCGGUGACCGCUCGCUCAUCAGCAGAGCUGGGUGAUCUGACUCCUGAGGACUGGAGUCCGCGAGGGGGAGAGCGCACCUGGGGUUCCCAAGUAACGAGCGAGCGUCCUCCCGCAGCCUGAGUGGCAGCGUCGUACUCGGCUCCUGUGAGCGGAGAUCACAGUACCUUAAAUUAAGGCCUCUCUUUAACACAUAUCCCUGAAGGCUAGGGGACCCUCAGCCACCUGGUCUCGGAGAAGGCAUUCAGGAGGGAGAAGCAUUUCCGUAGCAUGUUUGUAUUACUCCCUUCCUGUUUGCCAGCCCCUGAACACCCUCUCAGCCCACUGCUGCAGGAUGCUUUUUCCCACAAAAACGAGACAGCAGGAGCCCCCAGGGAGGUGCUUCCGUGACAGGGGCGGUUAGGUCAGGUGGCAAGAUCUAGCUCCAGGAAUAUGAAGGAUGCUUGGUGGUAUCCAGGAAAUCGUGGGGCUCAGGCCAGUAGAGGCGCCACGCUGGCUUCACGGGGACCAGGGCUGCCUCCUGAGACUCGGUCACACCCGGGGGCCUUCGCGCUGCCUGAAACAGAUUUGCCGUGAGAAUUCCAGUGACAGACACUGGGGCUCGCCCUUGUGUGGGCAUCUGCCUGACCGCUGUGUGUGCGAGUGGCCAGCAGGCCUAGCGGUCAGCUGUAUUGUCCUUACUUUCGCGCUUUUUUGUCCUGUUUGUUCAGACUUUUGGAUUUCUUAUGUUUUCCAGAGCUGCUCAUGUCCCCCUUCUUUGUUGCUGUGGUAUGUGACAGUUACCUUUCCUGGCAGGUGCAUGUGCCCAGGGAGGGAUAGAGCGAGGGGUCCCACUGCCGGGCAGCGUCUAGGCCCAGUGUUCUCCUGGAUGCUCUCCCUGACGGCUGUGGGGGAAUCACAGUGGUCAGUUUGUCCACACCCCCCGUUUUCUAGACUAGCUUGAGCGCUCUUUGCCUUCAUUUUGACCCCACGGGUCUGCUAUGCCGAGCCACAGCACGGUUACUGUUGCCGUCUCCCCUGGUCUAGAGACAGGAGAGGGAGGCCUGCCGGGGCCCGUGGGACGGAGCGCAGCGUGGCAGGUUGCAGCCGGGAAGGGCUGCCCUCCAGGGACCCUCUGCUCUGUUCUGUGUGUGUGUGUUCCCUGGGACACAGGCAGGGGCAAUAAUCUUCCUCCCAGAGAGAAGCCCGUGGUCCACGCCGCUCCAGGAUGAAUUUCCGAGGUUUGCCCAGGAGGAGCAGAGGCUGUGCCAAGAGUGAUUUCGUGUCACACUGUCGGAGCAGUUGUCUGCUGCAGUAAUAAACGGAAGAUU